GCUGAAAAUGGUGGCCUAAAAUGUUAGGGGAGUGAUUGGAACGUAAAGUGGAGGAAGACUGUGUGUUCGAGAGAUUAAUUAUGUCAAGAAGUCAUGUUAAGCUGUGAGCUUAAGACUGACCCACAACACACAUGGCAUAGAUUAAGAGCGAACACAAGAUCGAAGAAACCAGUCGUCAACUCUUUCGCCGGCUUGACUGCCUCGAGGUCACUCAGUUCAGUUUGAAAAUCAAAUGAGGACAGAAUUGAAGAAUUGAGUGCUCCAUCAAUGACCAUGGAUAUGAACGAAAGAGACGAGAAUGAAUCAAAUGAGGCGCAACGACAUCGACUUCGGAUGCGCCAAAUGCGGAAACGAGUUCGUGAGCUAGACCAAACUGUCCAAGAAGUCCAACAAGACCGCAUCCAACGUGCCAAAGCUAUGAAAGAGCGACAAAGGGAGAUGAGAGAAACUCAGGAUUUUAUUUUGUCUCGGAUCGAGGCAAAGGAAGUGCAAGACGAAGAGGACAUGGCCAUGAAGGCCAGGAUUUUGGCCACACGGAAGGAGAUGGAUGAGGAAAUGGAAGGCUUUCCACCUCUAGACGAACCUUUACCUCCGGAUUACGAAACGAAGUAUCCCAAAUUGGUGGAAUUGAGCUCUCAUUACAUACCCGGGUUUGAUGAUCCACCAUCAUCGGCGGACACACUUUCUCAGGGGCCUUCAUCCAGCUCAAGAGGGUCUUCUUCAAGCAAUCGACCUCCCCGUUUGUAACUUUCCCCCGUACUUCAUUGUACACUCACUAUCUUUGAAAUAUAUAUUUUUAUACCGUUAA